CUCUUUCACUUCUCCCCUACAUUCCCUCCUCUUCAUAUCCAGGGAUAAGAAGACACUGCAAGACUCACAGAUGAGAAACAGUCCGAAAAAAAGGAGGAAAGAAGGGCAAUUUGGUCAAAUUGCUGAAGCCACCACUUUCCUCCUCCAAACAACAGACGCACGCAUCUCUUCCCUCGAUAUUGACGAAGAAAAAAGGAAGCCCUUUGAUGUCAUUGGGGGGUUUUUUUGCUUUCCUGAUCUUUUCCUCUUACAUAUACCAUUUGCGGAAACGAUUGUUUUUCUCCUAAGGAAGCGUCUCCCUUGGCUGAUGUCAGGAAGGCCCGAAUGUGUCGAGCUUCGUAUUGGGGAAAUACAGCUGACACACUUUCCACCUAAGGCUCAUAUCUAUUCAUUUGUAAGUCCUGGAUAUGUGAGAAUACUUUUGCUUUUAUUUGUACUGCCCGUUUCAGCUCCAAGAAAGGACAUAGAGAGAACUGGACUUUUCAAAAAUUUAUGACUUCAAAGAAACAGGUCAUCUGGAUGUUUCUCUCUAGUUUAAUUUCUUUAUAUAGUGCCAUCAAUAUCUUGCAUUUCCAGUCAGUCUUUAGUCCUGCACAGAUGAUCGUGCCAACUGGAUGCCAAGGCAUCUUGC